CCAAAGUUCACGUUUCCUGUUUGACUGUUUCUUCUUUUGUGAUACCUCGACCUAAAACCCUACCACGUUCUCUCUCCGUCUCUGGCUUUGUCUCUGGCUCUGGCUCUAGCUCACGCUUUACCUCUCCUCUGCGACAGGCCAUCACGAACUCUUCUGUAAAAUGAUAAAGAGACGGUUCUAUAAGUUUGAACACGGGGAUAAAGAUAAUGUGUCAGAUUCAUCUUCAUCGUCUUCGGACUCCGAACUUGAAUUGGAAGCCGCAGAAGAAUCAGAAUCAGAAUCAGAAGAAGUUGUUGCUCAAGUAAAACAAAAUGAUCAGACUUGCUCCACAUCUUCAGGAUAUGAGAGUGAGGAUAGUUCUGCAAAUGAAGUUGGUGUUGACUCAACAGGUUUUAUAGAUGAUGAUAAUGAUGAAAGUGAAGAUGAUAGACAAAUAUUUGUCAACAAUAAGUUACCUAGUAAUCAUGGUGCUCAAGUGCCGGAGACAAAAUCACACACCCCAACCAAAGAAGAAUCAUUGCCAGAUGAUUUCCCUGCCUGUAUACUGAAAUGUAAAUCGGUUUUUAAGUGCAAGUUAUGCCCGAGAAUUGUCUGUUUGAAUGAGGAGACUGUAAGGGCUCACUUUAAAUCCAAGAGGCAUGCUCGAUCAGAGAAAUUAUUCAAGGAAGGUAGACUGAAGACUGUGCUCAAAAGUGAUGGGGAAAUUGAGAAUCAAGAGACUGCUGCAGAAACACAUGCCCCAAUUGAUGCUGUUGCACAGGAUAAACCGAAAAAGAAACAUAAAGGAGGACGUCAUCGAUCAGGGAAGGGUUCAAAAAGGAAGAUAACAAGGGAAGAAAAGCAGUCUACUAAAAAUGGAGCCAAAAGGGGGCGUAAGAAUUAGAAAUGAACGCUGUUAAAAAGAAUAAAUCAGCGAGCAAUGUAACAAAGUGUUUGCCUUGAGUUUUGUGGAACAGUGAUAUGCAAUUUAACCUCAUUAAAUCCUUUUAAGUUUUAGAUUUUCCAUAUGUUUUUUUUUUUUUUUAAAUAUUGGCAUCACAGUUCUCUUUCAAUUUCAUUCAUCUUCGUUUGGGAUUGUUUUUAAGACUUACUGAGCUCAUCACAGUUAUUUAAGGAGAUUGGCAUUUUGGUUCUGAUUGCUGUUUGCAUUUCCUGCACUAUUCAUGAAUUUUGAAAA